CACAUCAGUCAGGAGGCGGAAGCGUGGCGGGGGCGGGAAGGUUGUAGUUCGGCACCUUGAGGAGGCUUGCCUGUCUCUAGGUGGUGUGUUCCACCUUGACAGCUGCGACCAGCAGCGAGGCCUGCCCAGCGCCCUCGCGUCCCGGGUAACUGUAAAGUGCUCAUCAGUUGCCUCUGAAUAUAAUUGAAACAGAAAACAGGAAGAUGGCAGCAAAUCCUUCAGGACAAGGUUUUCAAAACAAAAAUAGAGUUGCAAUCUUGGCAGAACUGGACAAAGAGAAAAGAAAAUUACUUAUGCAGAACCAAUCUUCAACAAAUCAUCCUGGAGCUAGCAUUGCCCUCUCCAGACCUGCACUUAAUAAGGACUUCCGGGAUCACGCAGAGCAGCAGCAUAUCGCAGCCCAGCAGAAGGCAGCUUUGCAGCACGCUCACGCACAUUCAUCUGGAUACUUCAUAACUCAGGACUCUGCAUUUGGGAAUCUUAUUCUUCCUGUUUUACCUCGCCUUGACCCAGAAUGAACAAAACAUCUGUGAUGAAUAUGACUUCGUGAUGCCAAAUGCCAAAGCUACUCUCAUUCAAUGCUGUACACACUGUGACAUUCAGAAUUUUGGUGAACUUACAUGUUUUUUUGCUUCUUUAAAAGAAAGGAAUAUGUAAGUGAGAGCAAAAAGCAGGUGGGGGGACUAGGAUGAUGAGAGCUUCAGAAGCUGUAUCGUCUGAAAAUUCGAUUAUGCUGCCUGUGACUUUAUCUUUUUUGUAAUGCCAUUUGAUUUUUAGCUCUAAAUCAGACUGAAUUGGAUAGUUAGGUAAAAUCAGCCCCUAACAACUGACUAUGUUAUGUCCACGAUAGCCUUCCAGGAACCAUUUGUAGUACUUAACUUUAAAGAAAUGAGGGUGCUUUUGAAAAAUAUAAAUGCAUAGGAUUAAAUAAGUUAGGUUUGUAUUUGUAGUCCACAGGAUUGAUGUCGUGUAGUAUACAGCUUUCAAGUUUACAGAUAAGGUUAUCAUCCAGAAAUACUCUUUGUAAAUGCAUAAUUAUUCUCAUAUUAUUUUAAAAGAAAAACCAAGAUAAAACUAAAUUACCAACCAGUCUUAAACAUCUUUUAUAACUAUAUUCCAUUAUAAAUGAUGUGACAAUGCUAUUCAAAACAAUUGUAAAGAAUGUGGUGGCUUACACAUUUGUACAUGCUCUUAUUUAGUGUCACUACAUAAAUGGUAUGUCUAUGUGGUUUCAUUGUUCAUAUUUUAUCUGAUUAAAAACUUAAAAUUAU